UGAUCCUUUUCUUGGCGCAAUGAUCCACAACCCAUGACCAGUUGGAUGGCAGAGCCAUGUCUUGCUGGCGGUCCUGGCAUGCCGCCUUGGCUGCGUGGGUUCUCUUGGAACAGCUGGUGGGCACCAGAGGCAACUGCACGGCCUACAUGCAGUUCGAUCUGUAUAGCAACGGCAGUUGUUGUGAAGCUUUUAGGAUCUUCCAUGACCUCAAUCUAUAUACAAGGAGGUUCUACUUGACCAAGAAGAUACCGAUUGUGAAAUGGGUGGAGUUUCCUUUCCGGGCCAGCUUGGUGGAAGAGGAGCCCAAUGAGCGUGGCAACUGUCCUAGCGAGGGCUGCGAAUGCCCCGACGUGGCUUUCGCCUUCGUGCGACUCUUCGAGUCGCUGCUGAGCCUCACCUCCGCGCUUUUUCUGCUCGGCGCGCGCGAGGCCGCGCGCCUGGCAGAUGCCGCGCUGCAGAUGGCCGCGCGGAACGUGUCUUUGGCGGUGAAGGUCAUCGAUCGCUUUCCGGAGCGGCAGAAGCAGGCCUGGCCCUGGAGGCCCGCGCUGUACUUUGCUCGCUUGGUGCUGGCCGCGCUCCCCGCACCGCGGACGGACGCGGACCGCGCGGUGGCGGCGCCCGCGGCGCCGACCGGGCCGGGCGCCGCGCUGAGGGGCGCGGAGCUCCGGUGGCUCUCAGGGCGCUUGGGCGUCGUGGGGUUGCUGGUGCCGCCGAGCGCGUUGAAUCGGGCGCCGCACAUGAAGCAGAUUCCGAAGGUGGUGUUGAACCGCCAGGAGCAACACAGUGCAUUCUCUGAGUGCGUGGCUGUCUUGGAAUCGAACCAGGUUCAAUACUUCCCUUCGCGUGGGACGUUGAUCGGCUUGGUUCGCUAUGGUGACUUGCAGGGGAAACUGAGUGGAUUUAAAGUUGAUGUGGUCGACCGAGAUAUGGAUUGGAUGGUUCAUGUGGACAGCGCAGACUCCUGGUUUCACUUGGCGCAGCAGAUCUCUGCUUCUUUGCUGGACAAGGGAUGGCACAGCUGCCAGCUGACCGUUGCCUCCGAAGUCCUUUGCUUGGGCGAGAUUCAUUCCAUGAAAUGCAUCCGCAUCGAGCCUUAUGUGGCCUCUGUGGACUUCGAUGCCUAUCACCUGCUGCCGGGACGCCUCUGUCUGGGCUUCCGCGACGAGCAGUUGAGCAGUCCUUACCGCCGCUGCGCGGAGACCGCGGAGACCGCGGUCGACCGCGGCGCGGAGACCGGCGCGGCGGGCGCGGCGAGACGCUGCUUCGGGGCGCAGGAGGUCUUUCCCCUGCAGAAGUGCCGGGCGCCUGUGGUGGGCAGUGUGCCCUGUCCCCGUGAUCCCGUGGCCUACCUGGCGCAGCUCUACGACGCCGAGACGAGCGCCGCGCUCACCGCGUCGCGGGCGCGGCGCUGCUGGGCGCUGCCGUCGAUCACCGAGUCGCGGGCGCCCAACGACCCGCGGAAUCAGCUGCUGCGGCAGCAAGGCUUGAACGGCUCGGACGUGGCGCUCCUGAGGCGCAGCGCGGAGGAGUUGCACGGCGAGGGCUACGCGUCGUUUCGCGAGGAGCUGGAGCGGUGCAACGUGUCGUCCGAGGCGCUGGAGGAUGUGAUGCAGGGCUCCUUCGGCAAGUGGAGCUUGCUGCGGAAGAGUUCGAAGGUUCGUCGACCUCGACUGAGCUCAGCUCGACCACCCACCGCUUCUAUCGACAGGAUAGCGAAGCUGAUUGGUCUGCGGCAGGAGCUGGUGGCCGGGAAACCCGUCCCGUCGCGGCAACUGGGCGCUUCGCCCCGCUACAACGGUGGGGACCGGUGA